AACGGACCCGUUGGCUCUCCCCCCUCCCUUUCCCCGCCCUGAACCCCCCUCCUGGCUCGCCGGGAAUUAGUCCCCGUGGAGUUUCCCCUCCGCCUUGCUGCCGUUUUCUCGGUCCUCGGCCCGGUGGAAGUCACUGCCCUCGAGGAGGAGGCAGCAGCAGCCGCCCUCGCCUCGCCGCCCCCGGUUCGGUGCCCGCGGUCCCGGAGAGGAGGUGCCGCCGCCACCGCCGCUCCCCCCCUCCCGCUGCCCUCGGGCCGGGCUGGGUCGAGCUGCGAUGCCCUCGGACUUCAUCUCAUUGCUCAGCGCGGACCUAGACCUGGAAUCGCCCAAGUCCCUGUACUCGCGAGAUUCUCUGAAGUUACACCCAUCACAGAAUUUUCAUAGAGCUGGACUAUUGGAAGAAUCUGUCUAUGAUCUUCUCCCAAAGGAGUUACAGUUACCUCCAUCUAGAGAAACGUCUGUAGCAUCAAUGAGUCAGACAAGUGGUGGUGAGGCAGGCUCGCCUCCUCCAGCUGUAGUUGCUGCUGAUGCUUCUUCAGCUCCCUCCUCUUCCUCCAUGGGCGGUGCUUGCAGCUCCUUUACCACCUCUUCCAGCCCUACCAUUUAUUCUACCUCAGUCACCGACAGCAAGGCUAUGCAAGUGGAGAGCUGCUCCUCAGCCUUGGGGGUAAGUAACAGAGGGGUAAGUGAAAAGCAGUUAACCAGUAACACAGUUCAGCAGCAUCCAUCAACACCGAAGAGGCACACAGUCUUGUACAUCUCACCACCACCUGAGGACUUGCUGGAUAACAGUCGGAUGUCCUGCCAGGAUGAGGGGUGUGGAUUGGAAUCAGAGCAGAGCUGCAGUAUGUGGAUGGAGGAUUCCCCCUCCAACUUCAGUAACAUGAGCACCAGUUCCUACAAUGAUAACACUGAGGUACCUCGUAAAUCACGAAAACGAAAUCCAAAGCAGAGGCCGGGGGUCAAACGACGAGAUUGUGAAGAAUCUAAUAUGGAUAUAUUUGAUGCCGACAGUGCCAAAGCACCUCACUAUGUGCUUUCUCAGCUUACCACGGACAACAAAGGCAACUCAAAAGCAGGAAAUGGAACAUUGGAAAACCCAAAAGGAAGUGGAGUAAAGAAGAGCCCUAUGUUGUGUGGACAGUAUCCUGUUAAAAGUGAGGGAAAAGAGUUGAAGAUAGUUGUACAGCCUGAGACCCAGCAUAGAGCUCGGUACCUGACUGAGGGUAGCCGUGGCUCAGUAAAGGAUAGAACACAGCAAGGCUUUCCUACAGUAAAGCUGGAAGGCCAUAAUGAGCCAGUAGUGUUGCAAGUGUUUGUGGGUAAUGACUCUGGUCGAGUGAAACCACAUGGAUUUUAUCAGGCCUGCAGGGUAACUGGGCGAAAUACAACUCCCUGUAAAGAAGUGGACAUUGAAGGCACUACCGUUAUAGAAGUUGGUCUUGAUCCAAGCAACAACAUGACACUGGCGGUGGACUGCGUAGGGAUAUUGAAAUUGAGGAAUGCUGAUGUUGAAGCCAGAAUAGGAAUUGCUGGUUCCAAGAAAAAAAGCACUCGUGCCAGAUUGGUUUUUAGAGUUAAUAUCACAAGGAAAGAUGGCUCCACUUUGACACUGCAAACACCCUCUUCUCCGAUUUUAUGUACUCAGCCAGCAGGAGUGCCAGAAAUCUUAAAGAAAAGCUUGCAUAGCUGUUCGGUGAAAGGAGAGGAAGAAGUAUUUUUAAUCGGCAAGAACUUUCUGAAAGGAACUAAAGUUAUUUUCCAAGAAAAUGUUUCUGAUGAAAACUCUUGGAAGUCAGAAGCUGAAAUUGACAUGGAAUUAUUUCAUCAGAAUCAUCUUAUUGUGAAGGUUCCCCCAUAUCACGACCAACAUAUAACUUUGCCAGUAUCAGUGGGAAUAUAUGUAGUGACCAAUGCUGGAAGAUCUCAUGAUGUUCAGCCAUUCACUUACACUCCAGACCCAGCAGCAGCUGGUGCUUUGAAUGUAAAUGUGAAGAAAGAGAUAUCUAGUCCUUCAAGACCUUGCUCUUUUGAAGAGGCCAUGAAAGCAAUGAAAACUACUGGUUGUAACUUAGAUAAGGUAAAUAUUCUUCCUAAUGCUCUGAUCACUCCACUCAUAUCAAGCAGUAUGAUUAAGAGUGAAGAUGUUACUCCAAUGGAAGUAACAGCAGAAAAAAGAUCUUCCCCUAUUUUUAAGACUGCAAAGACAGUUGGAUCAACUCAACAAACGUUAGAAAGUAUGUCUAACAUGGCAGGAAAUGGGUCUUUUUCAUCAUCAUCCUCUUCCCACUUACCUUCUGAAAAUGAAAAGCAGCAGCAGAUUCAGCCCAAGACAUACAGCCCAGAGACCCUGACAACUAUCCAGACACAGGACAUUUCACAGCCUGGUCCCUUUCCAGCAGUUUCUGCUUCUAGUCAGCUACCCAACAGUGAUGCACUACUGCAGCAGGCUCCCCAGUUUCAGACCAGAGAAACUCAGUCUCGAGAAGUGCUACAGUCAGAUGGGACAGUGGUUAACUUGUCACACCUGACUGAAUCAUCCCAGCAACAGCAGCAGUCACCACUACAAGAACAAGCACAGACUUUACAGCAGCAGAUUUCGUCCAAUAUUUUCCCAUCACCAAGUAGCGUGAGUCAGCUACAGAGCACGAUUCAGCAUUUGCAAGCCGGAAGUUUUACAGGCAGUACUGCUAGUGGCAGCAGCGGAAAUGUUGACUUGGUCCAACAGGUUUUAGAGGCACAACAACAGUUAUCUUCAGUUUUAUUUUCUGCUCCAGAUGGUAAUGAGAAUGUUCAAGAACAGCUUAGUGCAGACAUUUUUCAACAAGUCAGUCAAAUUCAAAAUAGCGUAAGCCCUGGAAUGUUUUCCUCAACAGAGCCAGCAGUCCAUACUAGACCAGAUAAUUUAAUAGCCGGAAGAGCCGAAAGUGUUCACCCACCGCCUGAAAACACAUUAUCCGGUCAACAGCAGCAACAGCAACAGCAGCAAGUGAUGGAAUCAUCAGCUGCGAUGGUGAUGGAGAUGCAGCAGAGUAUCUGCCAGGCGGCUGCCCAGAUCCAAUCUGAGUUAUUCCCUUCACCUGCGUCAGCAAAUGGGAACCUUCAGCAAUCUCCAGUUUACCAGCAGGCUUCGCACAUGAUGAGCGCGUUAUCUACCAAUGAGGACAUGCAAAUGCAAUGUGAAUUGUUUUCUUCUCCACCUGCGGUUUCUGGAAACGAAACUACUACAACCACCACACAACAGGUUGCAACCCCUGGCACAACCAUGUUUCAGACAUCGAGUUCAGGAGAUGGAGAAGAAACUGGAGCACAAGCAAAGCAGAUUCAGAACAGUGUCUUUCAGACCAUGGUCCAAAUGCAACAUAGUGGGGACAGUCAAGCUCAAGUUAACCUUUUUUCAUCUACGAAAAGUAUGAUGAGUGUGCAGAGUAAUGGUACUCAGCAACAAGGUAACGGUUUAUUCCAGCAAGGUAAUGAGAUGAUGUCACUCCAGUCUGGGAAUUUUCUGCAGCAGUCUUCUCAUUCACAGGCUCCACUUUUUCACCCUCCGAAUCCUAUUGCUGAUGCUCAGAACCUUUCCCAAGACGCUCAAGGUUCUAUUUUCCACAGCCCAAGUCCCAUCGUCCACAGUCAGACUUCUACGACGUCCUCUGAACAAAUGCAGCCUCCAAUGUUUCAUUCCCAGAGUACCAUGGCUGUGCUCCAGGGCUCUUCUGUUCCUCAAGACCAGCAGUCGGCCAACCUAUUUCUGUCCCAGAGUCCAAUGAAUAAUCUUCAGAGUAACACAGCAGCCCAGGAAGAACAGAUUUCAUUUUUUGCCGCUCAGAACUCAAUUUCUCCACUGCAGUCAACAUCUAACACUGAGCAGCAGGCUGCUUUCCAGCAGCAGGCUCCAAUAUCACACAUCCAGACCCCUAUGCUCUCCCAGGAACAGGCGCAGCCCUCCCAGCAAGGUAUGUUCCAGCCUCAAGUGUCGCUGGGCUCCCUGCCUCCUAAUCCAAUGCCUCAGAACCAACAAGGAACGAUCUUCCAGGCUCCGCGCUCGAUAGUCGCCCUGCAGAGUAACUCCCCGUCGCAGGAGCAGCAGCAGCAGCAGCAGCAGCAGCAGAGCAUUUUGUUUAGUAGCCAGAAUACCAUGGCCACAAUGGCCUCCCAGAAGCAGCCACCACCAAACAUGAUGUUCAGCCCGGGUCAGAAUCCAAUGGCUAAUCAGGAGCAGCAGAACCAGGCCAUCUUUCACCAACAAAAUAACAUGGCCCCGAUGAAUCAAGAGCAGCAGCCCAUGCAAUUUCAGAACCAGCCUACAGUUUCCUCUCUUCAGAACCCAGGCCCUGCCCAGUCUGAGUCGCCACAAACCUCCUUGUUCCAUAGCUCUCCUCAGAUUCAGUUGGUCCAAGGGUCACCCAGUUCUCAAGAGCAGCAAGUAACCCUGUUCCUCUCUCCAGCAUCCAUGUCUGCUUUGCAGACCAGUAUGAACCAACAAGACAUGCAGCAGUCUCCUCUUUAUUCCCCUCAGAACAACAUGCCCGGAAUCCAGGGAACCGCAUCUUCCCCUCAGGCACAGGCAACUUUAUUUCACAACACCACUGGAGGCACAAUGAACCAACUACAGAAUUCUCCUGGCUCAUCUCAACAGACUUCUGGAAUGUUCUUGUUUGGCAUUCAGAAUAACUGUAGUCAGCUUUUAACUUCUGGACCAGCUACAUUGCCAGAUCAGUUGAUGGCCAUAAGUCAGCCAGGCCAACCCCAGAAUGAGGGCCAGCCACCUGUGACAACACUUCUUUCUCAGCAAAUGCCGGAGAAUUCUUCACUAGCAUCCUCUAUAAAUGCCAACCAGAACAUUGAAAAGAUUGAUUUGCUUGUUUCAUUGCAAAACCAAGGGAACAACUUGACUGGCACUUUUUAACUGGAUGAAAAUUCCAUGAAGAAAAUUCUGAUUCCAAGAUGUCCUGAGAUCAUGUGAUUCCAUGAGGAUUUUUGAACUGUUACUUUAAAAACAAAACAAAGUAUGAAAAACUGUGAUUGAGUAAAUGGAUAGAUUUUACUCUUACUGCAAAAGAGCACAUCUAUGCUGCCUGUUGCAGUGAUUAGCCACCAUUGUUAACAUCUUCAUAUUUUAUAUUCCUAAUAACAGUGAUGACUGAGAAUCCUUUUGAGUUUCCAGCUGACAGAAUUAAUUGUUGCUAUUUUCCUAGGCGCUGUUUCUUUAAAAGUACAGUUUAAAUCCAAAAGCUGGACUGCUCAGUUAUUAUUGCUAUUAGAAAGUAAUUCAAAAUGUCAUGUUUACUUUUGUUCUUUAUUCAUAUUUUCUUUCCUGCAUUGUUUUAGUCAAGUAAUGGCUAUUGAAAAAGGAAAGUUCAAAUAGCAACUAAAACUAAGGCUGUGAUUUUUCAAUAUAAAAAGCACAGUUAUUGGCCAUAGUGAAGGAAUCUUUUUUUCAGUUUUUAUGGAGAAGCUGAAGGGGUAACAUUCUGACAAGUAAGCUGUAUUAAGAGCUCUGCACAUGUAAGAGGCCUCUUUAUUUAUCAGAAAGGCAGACAACACACAAACUAGGAACACUUGAAAUGCUAUUGAUUUUAUUUUUUGGAGAGUUGUUAAUUCUCUGUGUUUCUUUUAAGGGGUUUAGCCAUAACUGUGCAUAGAAGAAUAAUUAUCUUGCUCUAUCAAAAAAAUGAAGGGGCUAAAAAAUGGUAAAUUAUGUUCUGAUAUCCUCCUACGGCAGUUUAAAACUGACACAGCAAUUUGAGUCUGCUUUCUUCUUAUCCCAGUCGUGGACCGAUGUUUCCUUUUUAUAUUCAUUUAUAUUCUUCUCCCCCUCUUCUUCACUUUAUUUUAGACAAUUAGUAAUCUACUAGCUUUGUGACCCUGUAGCAACUUAAAGGAAAAGGCCACUUUGGUCUGGGGUAACCCAGCAACUCCUGCAGCACAGGCAGGGCAGGGGGCUACCCUUUCAGGAAUGAGGGGAGCAGAUUCCUGAGACACAAGAAACAAUGCAUUCAUUUUUUUCCAUGAACGGUGCUGUUCUGAAGUCUUCAAAUUUUCCCUCUAAUAGGAAACAGUGUACAUUUUAAUUUAAAAAAAAAAAGGCAAACUAAAAUUUCCUGAAACAUCACUUCUCCCUGAACUGCAGUGAGUGUAAUUCACUUGUCACCUCAGUGCUUUACAGUUUGAAGUGGUCACUUAUCUGAUGGUUCCCACAAGCCUUAGGCUUUACAGGGUCAUAUCAUUGACUUAAAAUGAAGAAUUAACUUGUGUUACAUCUAUAGAGAGCAAAAUUAUACACUCCAGAAUUUGCAGUUGUAGCAUUAGUUAUACAGUUCUGGGUGUUCUUGCCACCCAUGGGAUGCCUGCUUCUCACUCCAACCUGUUGUCUGGACACAUGCUUAUGUCUUAUUUUCCUUUUGGCAUGUAGAAAGCUGUUAAUACAGUUUAAGGCCAAAUUGUGUGUGGCUUCUAUAUGUAGAUAAGAUGUUUUGGUAUUCAUGUCCCUUUCAUUUUUUUUAAGUGUACAAGAAAAUAGCCUGUUAAAUGAUUGUUGUAGGCUACUUUUCUGUUUGUUUGUUUGUUUGUUUUUAAUUUUUUUCUAUCCUAUACAUUUAGUUGAACUUUGUGGAAUUGUGGUGUUGCUUUUGUUUAUAUAGCCAGAUUUUUUCCCCCUUUUUGUGGUCUUCCUUGGUUCUUUGAACGUGCUCUUCUUCUAAUUUGUUUUUUCUCUUUGUUCUUAUAUAUUCAUUCCUCCACCCCCAACCCUUUCUUUCUUUCUCUCUCUGAUUGAGAGGCAUUGAAUUACGUUUUCAGUAGUACAGGCUUCUUGCCGAUAUGAAGGGAACUUUUCAGAAAGAGACCUACUCUGGGUCAUUUACUUUUGAAUACAGUUUUCAAUCGUUCAAGUUUUGGAUGGUUUAUAUCUAAUGUGUGUUUCAUUUUUUUGGAAAGCUAUAUUUUGUAUUUAGGAAAUGGUAUACUAUUUUGCUAUUUGUACUGAGUGAGUACAUUGGCAUAAAUAUAGAAAUUUAUAUAUAUACAUAUAUAUAAACUAUUCUUUUUUUGCCACACAUUUUUGUGGUAAAUUUGUGAGUUUGUCUGAUGUUCUACCACAACGUGGCGUCUGAUAACAGUGAGGGGGGGUUUGUUAUGUCUUUAUUGAGUAUUUAAGUAUCUUUUGAAACAAAUGACCUGUUCAUCUGUGGCCAUUCCAUCGGGCAGUUCCUUGAUGUUAUUAGUGGGCUAAAGGCAGCUUACUGUGUGUUUGCUGGAUCUUUCACUCAGAAAAAUGUUAGAGUAAGGAAACCCAUCUAGGCAGUUGUGUCCAAUGGUGUUUCACAAGAAUGAGCCAUUCAGUCCUUGCUCACUAUAUAUUUAAUAUUUUAUUGUUGUUAUUGUUAUUAUUAAUUGGCUUUCUGUAUUCUAUGCCUUUUAUUUAUAAUGACACUAAAAAAAAAAUCCCAUGUUUGUAAUUUUAAUAACAUUUUCCCCAUCUUGUAAUAUCCAGAGCUACUUUAUAAAUUCUCUGAACCAAAAGCAUUUUCCUCAA